GACAGCUAUCAAUUUAAAACAUAAAAAUAAUAAAUGAAUAACCAAUCAAUGCUUUAUUGGCCGUGUUCAUAUUCUGAUCUUGGUAAGUGGUUAAUAGAAGAUCUUGGAUUUCAAACCUUACACACUUGUUGCAAACAGGCGCGCAACGGCACAAGAAAAUGGUGAUGCAAAAAAAGAAUUUCUGAUUUCUUUAUCAAUUCAUCAAAAAGAGUAAAACAAAUUUAGCUUCCAUUCUAGCUAGCUAACUUGCUAGCAGUUAAUUCAUAUUGAACCAAAAGCCAAAUCAAAUAAAGAACUAAAGCCAAGCUGAAGUUUUUUUGUUUGUUGGUUGGUUUUAUUUGAAAGUUUAUCAUAAUUAAUUCAAAUGUCUUGCGUUCCAUCUAAAUAACACACUGUUUGCGUGCGGUGCGUAGAACAGCUGGCCUACCUGCUGUCAAUCAAAUCAUCAAAUGCAGCUGUUCUCAGCUCAGACCACCGACGGGCCACAGGCACAAGGUUUCUCCGAGUAGCUGCUCCGGAUUCACCUGGUCCCAAAGACGUUUUUCUACAGAUAUACAAGCUGAAGUUGAACUAGUUUUAAUAAUCGGGUCGUGACAUGCCGCUGUUAGUACAACACCCCGCUUAUUUCUCCAAAUCUAGACUGAAGUCAGAUUUAGUUGCGCACAACGUCGCGCUGCCACCUGCUAAGAGCAAAAAGGAGGUUUAUGUGGAGUUGUACUUAAAACACAUCGAUCAAAGAAGCGAUUUUUCCAGCGACGAGGAGGAUUUGGUGCAAGAUGUGACAGUGGAGAAUCCAGUGGUUGCAGAGGAACCUGACCCACGUGAUUUGACUGAUGAUGACCUCAAGGCCAAAUUACUUGAACACGGGGUUAAAGCUGGACCCAUACUCGCCUCCACCAGGGCUGUCUAUGAGAAAAAGCUCAGGAAACUGCUUCAAUCUGACAGACACGACCGAGUUAAUGGAGCGGAGAAAGGUGUUCUGUACUCGGAUAGUGAAGAAGAGGAGGAAAGUGAACAGGACGAGGACGCAGAGUCAGGUUCUGAAGGAAAAAGCCAAACAGUUGAGCAGUUGGAGGAGCAAGAGAACAGCCAGAAUGGUGAUUUUACUUACCCACAGUGCUUUUUACUUUCAUCAAGACUGCAUGUUCCUGCUUCUAGAAACAGGGAGCCUGAUUCCAAGGGGAAUGCGUUAAAGUCAUCAGCGCGAAGUCUGUCUCAGAACUCAUGGAUUCCUGUAGGAAUAAGUAGAUCAUCCUCUGUAGAUCGCUGCUCAGGAGUAGGAUCAGUGUCCUUGCAGGUUCCACCUGGAUCUCAGUCAGUUUCCUCUCAGGCCUUCAGCAUCACUCAGAUGGUUGAGGAGAUGGAGAGUCAGAGGGCACUCUCUACUAGCUCCAACACUGAGGGAGAGGUGAAUGGGAGCAAUGUGCAGGAACACUGGCCACAGUCCGACAGGCUGGACAUGCCAGUUGUGGAUGAGUACUACACUCCCAAGGCUUCCCCUUACAACCAGACAAUGAAGGAGCCCUUGAAAGAUACAUUCAAGGAUCUGUUACCAGACAAUGACAUCACACCCACUAGGAUCUAUGCCACUUGUCGGAGGCCCAUCAAGGGUGCAGCAGGGAGACCUGUACAGUAUGCAUACCCAGAAACUCCUGCCAGUCCCAUAACCCUUGAGAGACGAGAGGUGGAGCGCCACCUUGUGCCCAUCCACAUACAGAUUGUGGUCUUCCUCAUUGUGGCGUGCCUCUUGUACCUCAUUUAUGAUUAUGCUGAAGACAACUCACUGGGUCCAUUUGUUUCUUUAUGAGACGGUCUUUACCAGGGGUUGGAGAGUGAGGAGGGGCUUCUGAUUCCACCUGAGACAUUGUAGCAAACACAGUAUCAAUGUGAACGCAGUUUCUUUGCUGACUUUGUGUGUCUGUAGGGGAGUAAACCUCAAAUCCAGUUUUAUUUUUAUGUUUUGCUUAUGGAUGCAUUAUUAAAAUUGCUCAUCACUGUAGUUAAACAAUUGCUAAAACAAACACAGUUGAAUCUUUUAAAGUUUGAAAAGUUCUCAAAUGUAAAAAUAAUACUUAGAAUUUUUUAUUUAACAACUCAAACUGUGUAAUGUGUUGGUGCCUUUUGAAUGAAUUGAUGUCGCUGUACUUGUCUUAUUUUUAAAUAUUUGAACUAUAU